AUGCCACCUCUUCGUAAUCUUCGACCACGAACGACAGAAGAACGUCGAAUUACAAAUACUUUACGAAUGCAAAGGUUUCGAAAUUCGACUCUUCGAACGAAAAAUCAAUGCAAACACCACAAUAUCGGCCGUAAUUUUCAAGAAACUGAAACAUCAAUACACCACACUUUUGACACAACUCACGUAUGUACCUAUUGUAACGCGAAACUCUUUUCAACUGAAACACAAGAAACAUGUUGUAAAUCGGGAAAAAUUAAGUUAGCUUCAGCAGGCGAUACUACAUCUCUAAAAAAUUUAUUUAUGAGAAACGACAAUAUCGAAAAGGAUUUCUGUGAAAAUAUAAGAGCUUACAAUAGCAUUUUUGCAUUCACUUCAAUGGGUGUUAAAUUAGAUAAACCCAUUGCAAGUG